CUUCUCCAUUGCCAUUGCCUAUUGUCUGUUAUCUUCCUAUUUGACUUUCAUCUAUGAUAACUUGUAACAACUUUCAAUAGAACACAGCCAUCCUUCUCUCAAGAUAUCUAUUAGUUCCGAAAAUAUUACCGCAGACGAAUAUCCGACGAAUUUGCGACUAUUCGUAGUACAAAUCUUGUAGGCGGAUCAUCCCGACCGCCGACCCCUCGAUAGCCAGAAUCGAACCAAUCCAACUCGUCAAUUACGACCUGUUCUAUCUAUUCUCCAUCCACGUAUCACUUAUCCUAAACGUGCCUCGACGAUUUCGUAGAUCAUUCAAAGCGAAAGCAAUCCUCGACCGACUUCUCCGUAGCAUCUCGUAACAAUCACUCUUAAAGACACAACCAUCGCAUAUUUCAUCCUAGUCGCGGACCCUUAUCUACGCAACGAACGUAUUGGGAUAACCUCCCAAACUUUUGUCAAGUCGAAGCGCUUCCAAUAGCACCUUUAAACAAGCCGUGAUCCCCCGAGACUCACAGCGAGGUGCAGUUUGAAGUGCUUUGAACGACACCAUAUCAUACACACAUGAGUCAUCUACUUUGGAAAUAUUACUGGGAAAAUGACGUCGACAAAUUUUGUCGGCUACUGGCCCCGGUCAACUAUUCCCACAAUCCGUCCAAGAGUCCAGGUGCGUCAAUAGGUAGUCCCGGCGCAUUCGGAACUUCUCCACGAAUUAGCAAAUCUCGCAAGGCCCCGGGAUUUGGCGCUGGCGCAUCCAAGACUACUGGUAACGGCCUUGGAAGGAGUGAGAUUAAUAGCCGCGACUAUUCGGGUCUGACUAUUCUCCUUCGGGCUGCUUCAUCUACCUCAUCCGAUGCUGUCUCUUUUGUUGAGGCCCUUCUCGACCAUCCUGCGAUUGAUAUAUAUGUCCAAGAUUAUGAGAGUGGGUGGAAUGCAUUGCACAGGGCACUCUACAAUGGAAAUAUUUCUAUCGCGCGACUGCUUCUAGAGAAGGAACGUAAAGACUUGACAGGCUCUAUCGGCGGUGCUACCGUGACUAAGGUGGCUCAGUUAAUAAAGACGAAAGACCACGAAGGAAACAGUCCCUUCGACGUUUACAAUGCAACUAUCGCACUGCGUACUCUGAAAGUCUCAGAGGAUCGUGCCAACUUGGAAGAGGACGGAUCGGAUACAGAGGAAGGUUCAAGUAGUGACGAUGCCAGAUACCAUGGUAGAUAUCCUGGCCUUGGCGAAGAGGUGUUCACAUUUGGAAGCAACAAUAACCUUACUCUCGGUCUUGGCGAUGAAGAUGAUCGACAAUUUCCCGAGCGCAUCUAUUUAAGGCGACCCGAUCAUUUGAUUAAACGCUUCUACGACCAAUAUCUCGAAGAGAGGAAGCGUCGACCUAAUACGGAUGAUUCAACAUCUGAUGAUAUUUCAGAGGUUCCCUCUUUGAUUCAAAAUCGCGCAUUGAUGAUUCAAGAUGUCGUACUCUCUAAGCUUCAUAGCGCCAUCCUUACUACCGACCCCAUGUCCAAUCUGUACAUCUGUGGUAUUGGACGUGGAGGUCGUCUAGGUCUUGGUGAUGAAAAUACCAGGUUCAAUUUUAUGCCUGUCCAAGGCGGCCUAGCUGACAGGAAAGUUGUCCAAAUAUCCCUUGGCCAGAAUCACUCGAUGGCAGUAACCAGCACUGGAGAACUUUGGACUUGGGGUAUGAAUACAUACUCGCAACUUGGGUUUGCUUUGCCCCCUCCUACGAAACCUGACGAAGAUCCAAUGAGCUCGAUUCCUCGACAGCUAUUUGGCCCGCUGAAGAAGGAAAUUGUAUAUGGGACGGCAGCUUCUGCCAUUCAUUCAGUAGCACAUACAGGCUCUUCCUUAUUCUGCUGGGGUAAAAACGUCGGCCAACUGGCUUUGAUGGAUGCAGAUUCAAGGUCACUUGAGGUUCAGACGAUACCGAGGAAAGUUGCCGCCACCAUUCUAUCCAAUCAUUCUUCAAUCGUUAUGGUGUCGGCUAUAGAUAAAGCAACAUCCUGUCUAUUUGAGGAUCACACGGUCUGUGUCUUCACGAGCUAUGGCUACAACAUGAUUAAGUUUCCUACGUACGACCCUUUCACAAGCUCACCUCUCCAACGCUCAGUGCAACUUUCAACGUCUACUCACUACGAUCCUGGUCGCCGUGAAAUACAUCAUAUCACUUCUGGUGGAGAAACGAUAGCAGCACUGACGGGAAAUGGCGACCUAUUUACAAUGGUUGUUAAUCAUAAAUCCGAUGGAAACCAGCCCGCUACGUCAACAACCAACCCGUCCAAGAUCAAGGAUGCCGUAACAAUACCGCAGUGCAUUUGGAGUUCCAAAAAAGAUGGCGUCAAAUCCGUUACUGUUGGAGAGAAUGGUUCUGUCAUGCUCUCUACUCAGUCAGGGGCAGUUUGGCGACGCGUUAAGCGAACAAAAGCCAAAGAUACUAAGACACCCACGAUGAUAGACUUCAAGCGCAAGGAUUUCAAAUUUCAACGAGUCCCUUAUAUCACGGACAUUGUUGCUGUUAGAAGCUCUGCGUUCGGUGCGUAUGCCGCGAUCCGAAAGGACUGCGAUGUAACACGGGAACAGAUCGAGAUUGACGAACCGACGUUGUGGCAAGAUAUCGCCCCUCUAUUUCCAUUCCAAGGAUUCAAGGCUUCAAAUCAUAAAGUAAGAGAGAAUAAAGAUACAUGGAAAUUCCAGGAUCCUGAAGUACUAAAGGGUCGAGUUGAUACACUAGCAUAUGAGGUGCUGACUUCGACCGACCUUGAGGAGGAUCUUCGAACGCACGUUCAAAAUUGGCGUUUUCGGAAUCAAGAUCUCGACACGGUUGUUCGUGCGGCCUCUUACCCAGAAAUAAUGAUUCCUGUACACUCAUGGCUUUUGUCAGCGAGAAGCCCAUUGCUUCGAGCUGGGCUGCAGCGAUUCAGGGAGACUGGGAAGUAUGAGGUUAUGGAUUUCCUUCACAUCAGUGAACAGAAUAGCAUUACAGUUGUGGGACUUAUUGGCAGCGUCGAUCUAAUCACUCUGAUGAACCUUGUCGUCUAUAUGUACCGCGACAGGGUCAUCCCCGCUUGGAACUUCACACGCCAAUCAAAACCUCUAGCGUUUAGGUAUCGCCAAAUCCGCACAGAGCUUAUGAAAAUAGCCACCAAGCUUGGUAUGACCGAUUUAGAAGCUGCUGUCAGAAUUCAGAGCUCGCCAUCACGGUCUAUGAACAUGGACUUUAAGAAAGCCAUAGAGGAUCCGGCCUUUUUUGAGGACGGUGACGCUGUUUUAGAAUUAGAUGGUGACGAAAUCCCUAUUCAUAGUACAAUGCUUUGCCAGAGAUGUCCAUGGUUCAAGGGCUUAUUUGACGGUCGAUCCCGAGGAUUCUGGCUGGAGAGCCGUCGUGCAGCACUGCAAGAGUCGGAUCGCAUCAAAAUCGACAUGAAACACAUGAAUCCAGAAUCCUUUCAUUACGUACUUCAACACUUGUACGCAGAUAUUGGCGAAGAGCUUUUUGACAAUACGAUUGCAGAGAAUAUCGAUGAGUUUUCCGAGUUGGUGAUGGAUGUGAUGAGUAUUGCGAAUGAGCUUAUGCUGGAUCGCCUUUCGCAAAUAUGUCAGAAAGUUAUUGGUCGUUUCGUUACUACUCGGAAUAUUUCAAAUUUGCUCAAUGCUAUCAGUCCUUGUUCUGUGGUUGAAUUCAAAGAUAAGGGUCUGGAAUAUAUCUGCCUCCAAAUGGAGUCAAUGCUUGAAAAUCAUCUACUUGACGACCUUGAUGAGGAUCUUCUAGUAGAGCUUGAUGAAGUUGUCCGGGAUAAUCAACUAGCUAGGUCUCCAUUUGCGCGAAGUGGAAGGGCUGAUUUACUGCUCCAUGGGCGUAACCCCCAGUUAGCUCAAGAUAUCGACGACGAAAGACAACGACGAAUAAGGGAAAUGAUUUUCCGAGCUACUCAAAGAGAGGAUGAAAAGAAGUUGGCGUCUUCAUUGAAGACACGCGUCGGGAGUUUGGACGAAUCAUUUGGUACUUCAAUGCCAGAUCGGAGCAGAGGAAAGUCAAAGGCAGUGCAAAAUGAGCCCUUCACGCCCGAACUUAGGCCUAGAGACUCGCAUGCGGACCUUAUAUUUGCUAUGGACGAAGAAGAAACCCGCAGUCCCGCAAGUCCCAUUUCCCCGAAGCCCCAUCUACUACAUUCUAGUGAACAAACCGAUAUAGACCAAUUGCCUACGCUCUCUGGUCCUUGGCGAGAUUCCAAGGGGAAAAUUGUUAAGGAUUCUGUUUCUCCACUUGCUACUCCCCCAACCUUAGCAUCGCAGUCGAGCCUUGCUGCUACUAAGUCACAUGUUAAUCCUAUCGCAAUGCGUGUUCCUUCAGGGGGCAAUCCAUGGGGCCCUUCAGCACUCGCAACCUCGCGUUUAGACCUUAGUGAGGUAUUGGCCGAAUCUCGGCCCAUUCAAUCGGCACUUUCCGCAGGUCUAGCAGCCGAGAGGAAGGAUACAGGUAGCAAGACUACGCCUCAAAAGAUGUCUCAAAAGGAGAGAAAAAGGCAACUACAGCAGCAGAAAGUAGAACAAACAGCCCGACAAGCAUCCCAGUCCCAACAAUCGCCUUGGACAAAAGUUGGGGAGAAGAAGGAAUCACCUUGGCAAAAUACCUCACCCGCCCCGAAGACUACUCUGAUGGAUACCUCAGAAUCUCCAGCUGGUCCAUCAACGGGACUCCCCAAGCCAAAACCACUUGUUGCUGCCGAGACUUCUGAGAAGUUGACACCACGACGUACAGCAUCUCCAGAUACCAGAUUUUCAGGCCAAAGAACCAAUAAUAGCACACGAGGAUCCACAUCCACCCCGCAGUCCAAACCCCAGCAAAUAAUCCCACAUUCGAAGUCUUACAUUAAGCGAACACCUAGACCAGAGCAGGAGAUGGGCCUCGGCCUAGCUGAUAUCAUUGGGGAACAGCAGCGCGAGCAAGAAGUAGUGCGCGAAGCAGCCGCCAAACGCAGUUUACAGGAGAUUCAACAGGAACAAGCCUUUCAAGAAUGGUGGGAUCAAGAAAGCCGACGCAUGCAGGAAGAGGAGGCGAGGCGAACCGCACGUGAAGAGGGCAAGGACAAGAAAAAAGACCAUGGCGGUCGAAGGAGUAAUCGCAACAAUAAGUCGAAAGGGGGCAAUAAUAAUAAUCGCGGGGGUGGGGCCUCUAGCAAUACUAACGCUAAUGCUACCACAGAAGGGGGGCCUAGUUCCAGUUCCAGGGGACGGGGACGCAGUAACAGAGGGAGAGCUACGUGAGUUAACGAGUGCAUCUCAAGUCUCGUUUGCGGAAUUUCAACAAUACAAUAUCGUAUGUAUAUAUUUAUGUAUAAGUUCAAUAUCCCUACCAUCGGUACUUGCUUAUGUUAUCUCUGUACUUAGGUAGUAUAUAUGUAGAAUCAUUGAAGAAUUUACUCCUAUUCCACUUCUUUUAA